GGUGGCCAUGACCACCAGGGAAGAUCCCUCUGCUCCAUGGUGCUCGCUCUACACUACAAGCAGAGAUCACCGGACUACAGCAGCACACAUGUAUUCAGGAUAUAAGCAGUAUAGUUAACAUAGCAGAGCUGAGUGUGUAUUCUGAUUUAGAUGCUGCUCUUCCAGUCCCUCUCUCUUGGUCUCUUCCUGUUUUACAGUUCUGUUACUGUUUUCAGUCCCCCCUCUCUUGCUCCCAUUAUACUGACUGCUGCUGUUUCAAGUCUACCCGCUCUCCUGCUCCCACUGGGCUGCCGUUCCUGAAGCAGGAAGAGAGUCUACAGGUCUGGAACCACAAUGGAGCUGGGAGUAUCGGGGACUCUUCUUCUUGCUGUGUUGGUCAGUAUUGUCCUGUAUUUCUUCACAUGGAAGAGGAAUCUAAAUAAGAAUAUGCCCCCUGGACCCCCGCCACUGCCCAUACUGGGCACCAUGCUGCAUGUGAGCACUACAGAACUGCCCGCGUCUCUGAUGAAGCUGAGUGAGACCUACGGCCCAGUGUUCACCAUCUACCUGUCUAAUUCACCUGCAGUAGUCCUGGUUGGCUAUGAUUGUGUUAAAGAAGCUUUAAUAGACAACGGGGAAAUGUUCGGUGCCAGAGGUGCCUUUGAAUUGGGCAAUCUGCUCUUCAAAGGUUAUGGACUGUCCAAUACCAACGGUGAGAGAUGGAAACAGUUACGCAGGUUUUCGCUUUCUACCCUGAGAAAUUUUGGAAUGGGGAAGAGAAGCAUUGAAGAACGUAUACAAGAGGAAGCGAGCUACUUGGCAGAAGAAAUGAAGAAGAAUGGAGACACUCCCUUUGACCCCACAUCUCUGCUGACCAUGGCUGUCUCCAAUGUGAUCUGCUCAAUUGUGUUUGGAGAGCGUUUUGACUAUGAAGAUUCCAAAUUUAGGGCCCUUCUCACCUUUCUUAAAGAAAUGCUUAAACUCUCGUCUACCAUUUGGGGAGUUCUUCUCAAUCUCUUUCCCAAGACUUUCUGUUUUCUUCCUGGACCCCAGCAAAAGAUAUUUACAUAUAUGGAGAAGUUAAGAGACUUUGUUGCAGAAUCCUUGGAAAGUCACAAGGCAACACUUGACCCAAACUGUCCUCGGGACUUCAUUGACUGCUUCCUAAUAAAGAUGGAGGAGGAGAAGAACAAUGAAAAAACUGAAUUUCAUUUUGAUAAUCUAUGUGGCACAGUCAUCGACCUGUUCGUGGCGGGCACAGAAACAACAAGCACCACCCUAAAAUAUGGUCUCCUCUAUCUGCUCAAAUACCCAGAUGUGGAAAGAAAUAUUCAUGAGGAGAUGGAUCAUGUGAUUGGUCAGAAUCGAUGUCCUUCUGUAGAGGAUCGAGUCCAGAUGCCUUAUACAGAUGCUGUCAUCCAUGAAAUUCAGAGGUUUGCAGAUAUCGUUCCUUUCGGAUUUAUGCGGGCAACUAUGCAAGACACGACAUUUCGGACCUACAGCAUUCCUAAGGGCACUAUAGUUUUCCCCAUGCUGACAUCCCUCUUGAAGGACCCUAAGUGGUUUAAGAACCCAAAGCAGUUUGAUCCCGCAAACUUUCUGAAUGACAACGGGAGCUUCAAGAAGAACGAGGCCUUUGCACCUUUCUCACUAGGUAAAAGAAGUUGCAUUGGAGAAGGCCUGGCACGGAUGGAAUUAUUUCUCUUUUUUACCACCAUAUUGCAGAGAUUUAACCUGAAAUCAGACGUAGCCCCAGAGGAUCUUGAAAUUACCCCAGAACCAAAUAAAAAUGGAUUAGUGCCAAGAACCUACAAGAUGUAUGUGACCCCCAGAUAACUGAAAAAGACCUUGGCAUCUAUCCUUAUUUCUUAACCAUUGCAAUUAUUAAUUUUAUUUUUUAAUGCUUUAAAGGGGCAUUCCACCCCUACACAUCUUAUCCCGUAUCCAAAGGAAAGGGCAUAUGAUGUCUGAUCACAGGCGUCGCGCCGCUGGGGAUCGCGCUGCAGCACCCCAGACAUCCGGUGCACAAAGUGAACUUCACUCCGUGCUGUAUGACUGGCGAUGCGGGGUGGAGGCUUGUGAUGUCAUGGUCACGCCCUGCUCUUGACAUCAUGGCCAAACACCCUCAAUGCAAGUCUAUGGGAGGGGCCACAGAGCCUUAUAGUUAGUAUGGUUGAAAAAAGACAUACGUCCAUGAAGUUCAACCAGGGAGGGGGCGUAUAGUCCCAUAGACUUGCAUUAAGGGGGCGUGGCCGUGAUGUCACGAUUGGCAUGCGGCCGUGAGGUCACAAGCCUCCAACGCUGCACCUGACGCUCUAAAGGAAUGCCGGGUGCAGCAGGGAGACUAUGGGGGUCCCCAGCAGCAGGACCUCUGUGAUCAAACAUCUUAUACCCUAUCCUUUGGAUAGGGGAUAAGAUAUCUAGGGGCGGAGUACCCCUUUAAAAUGGCCUACUUUGACACCUAUGAGUUUAGAAAGUGUUGUAUAUGGAGCUGUAUAUACCAGGGCUAACUUUUUUGCACCGUGAUUUGUGGUUUUUGGGGAUUUUCUGUACAAUUUUGACAUAGAUUGGGCUUUUUGUUCGCUUUUUAUUAAAUUUUUUGGGGUGCUGUGUGUCAAAAAUGCAAUUUGUUUUAUUAUUCUGAUUGUUGUUUUUGUUGUUGUUGUUUAUUCCAUUUACUGUGUGGGACCAAUAACAAUAUAAUUUAGAAGCUUGGUAUCCCCACAUGCGAAAAUGUCCAAAUCUUUGAGGUGUCCCCAAGCAGAAUCAUCUUUUGCUACAUGAAACACUGUUGGGGUGGUUGUAGCCUCAAAGUCCUCCAGCUCUUUUCUAAGCUCUGUAUCUCUUUAAAUUUAUCACAAUGCAAAUGUGUUUUUCUGUGUCUUUGUGUUCUGCAUGCACUGAGGCUAAAGGUAGUGUAAGGGGUUGACUUACCUCACAGUCAAAGCUUUCUGUAUAAGAAUGUGUGAUGUCCCAGUACGGGAUAUGCAUCUCACAGUCCUAUCAGAUUGAGUCCCUGUACGUCCCCAGGGCUCACCUGCAUUGUACCCCUAUAAUCUGUAUAGUUGUUUAUUAUGUGUAAAGGACCUUUGAUAUGGUCACAUGGUUAAUAGUCACAUGAUAAUGCUGUCAUAUGUUAAAGUCAAGUUUUGUUACCCUGAGAGCACCAGGUGACCAGAUGACCCGUAACUAGCCUAUGGGCUCCUUGCUCAGCCCCCCCCCCUUUAUAAGAGGGGGAGGUACUACAAUCUCUCUCUUCCCCCACACCUUCUGCUGAGGUCAAGUCCAGUCCAGACGUCUCAGAACCAGUGUCCAGCACAUCUGGAGGCCUCAACCUAAAUUACAGCCACAAGUCAGUAAGUCAAGUCAUCUCUGUCUGCUGUCACUAUCUUCAGUCAAGUCUAUUAUAGUGAACAUGGCCGUGCUAAAGUCUGUCAAAGUCACUGCAAGUCCCAGCAAGCUGCGAGGUCCCCUGUGUUACUGGUCACCUCUCUGGGAUCCUGGCCUAGCUGUAAAGACUAUUACCAUCUGUCUACCUCAGUAAAGCUACCGUUAACCCUAACCUGACCUUGGACUUUUAUUUGCCCUGUCUAAACUAGGACUAGCGGUGCUACCGUUCAGGUGGUUCUCAGUAAAGCCACGCCCUGGCAUGACGAACAUUUAGGGGUUAAUACCAUCUGCCCCUGGGCUACAACAUCUGCCCCAUACACCUCACAUCGCACCCCCAUGGCACACCACAAAUGGGUAAUAUGUCAAAUGUCAACCCCUUAGCCAAUUAAGAGCUAAAGGCUGUCCUAUCUCCACCCAGUCCCCAGAACAGAGGAGGAGCCUAAAGCACACGUAAGAGAGUCU